AGCUUGCAGUGAGCCAAGAUCGAGCCACUGCACUCCAGCCUGGGCGAAGAGUGAGACUCUGUCUCAAAAAAAAAAAAAAAAAAAGACUGGGGGCUUCAGUGCCAGACAAAUGCAGGUUUGUGUCCAACUCAACCACGUGCUGGUGGGAGAGUCACCAUCUCUGAGCAGACCUGUGACUCCUGUUCCAAACGGAUGAGGAACCACUGAGAUGAUGUGUUAGGACUCCCAACCUGCCAGAACCUCACGGCCCCUGACCCUUCACAGCAAAGUCGACCACAGUGAGCAUUCCCUCCACCAGUCAGAACACCCUGGAUGCUGAGUGGCCUUCUCUGAGAGCCUGGUGCCUUUGAUAGCCCUGGGAGACUCCUCUGAUCCCAGCCACCAGGUUGUCACUAUAGACCUAAUUUAACCAUCUGCCCUCGGUACCCAGGGCUCAACAUUUGGAAUGGGAGGUGGUUCUGGGAGCCAAUUAGAGGCCAGGCUUUGGGAGGUGGCAGAGGUGAGAGCCUCACACCUGGGCUCUGUCCGAUAAGUAUAGGCCUGGGUCAGGGGACCUUGCCUAAAGGGCCUCUCUUGACUGGAGCGUGGGAGGGGGCUGAGUCUACACAGCUGGCCUGGCCUCAGGCCUGGAGCUUUAGCUCAAGGACGAGAAGACCCAUAAAGCCAGGCCCAGCUCCCAACCUCACAUCUGCCACGAUGCUGCUGCUCAGCCUGACCCUAAGCCUGGUUCUCCUCGGUUCCUCCUGGGGUGAGUGGGCCAGGACCAGCCCUGAUUUAGACCUGGGAACAACUCAGCUCCCAGCACUAGCCCAGGGAAGGGGCCAGGCUGGCUGGAAGGGACAAAGGUGGACAGAGUGGGCAAAGGAAACAGGAUAUGCCAGGGCAGGGGAGCAGGACCAGGCCUGCAGGGCUGGGAGGGGGCAAGAGGUGGGGUGGGGGAGUCUCACGAAUAGGACCAGAGCUUGAGCAAGGCUCUGGAGCCCGGGAGUGUUUAGGAAGCUGAGACAGGAAGAGCUGCCCAUGACUUUUAGAAAGAACCUUCUGGCUGCAUGAAGGGUAUGUACUGUUCAGGCCUGGAGCGGGCAGAGAGACCAGGGGUAGAGAUGGGGAACAGCGGGGACUAGGCUGGAGAAAGAUGUGAGAGAACAGAAGCACUGGGGGACUGGUUGGAUGGGGAUAACCAAGAUAGCUGUGGGGCCCGAAGGUGCCUGCAUGUACCCUGUUGGGAAAGGGGUAGUGUUGUACCCUCUUGACUGACCUAUCUGGGGUGCACAGCCUCGGGCACCCAGAAGGAGGUGGGGAAAGGUGGGCUGAGGCAUAGGAAGCAGGUCCUCAUUAGCCCAAUGGCCAGGCUGCGGUGUUCCUGCCAUCAAACCAGCCCUGAGCUUCAGCCAGAGGAUUGUCAACGGGGAGAAUGCAGUACCAGGCUCCUGGCCCUGGCAGGUGUCCCUGCAGGACAGCAGCGGCUUCCACUUUUGCGGUGGUUCUCUCAUCAGCCAGUCUUGGGUGGUCACUGCUGCCCACUGCAAUGUCAGGCCAUUACACACCCUAGCUGGAACCCUAGCACCAUGAACAAUGACGUGACACUGCUGAAGCUCGCCUCACCAGCCCAGUACACAACACGCAUCUCGCCAGUUUGCCUGGCAUCCUCAAACGAGGCUCUGACUGAAGGCCUCACAUGUGUCACCACUGGCUGGGGUCGCCUCAGUGGCGUGGGCAAUGUGACACCAGCACGUCUGCAGCAGGUGGCUUUGCCCCUGGUCACUGUGAAUCAGUGCCGGCAGUACUGGGGCUCAGAUAUCACCGACUCCAUGAUCUGUGCAGGUGGCGCAGGUGCUUCCUCAUGCCAGGGUGACUCCGGAGGCCCUCUUGUCUGCCAGAAGGGAAACACGUGGGUGCUUAUUGGUAUUGUCUCCUGGGGUACCAAAAACUGCAAUGUGCGCGCACCUGCUGUGUAUACUCGAGUUAGCAAGUUCAGCGCCUGGAUCAACCAGGUCAUUGCCUACAACUGAGCCCACCACAGGCCCCUCCCCAGCUCAACCCAUUAAAGACCCAGGCCCUGUCCCAUCAUGCA